CCACCUGCAGCUCCGUUUCCAGUACCCAUCCCCUUCUUUUGGUUAAGCAGAGAGGAGGAGGAUGGCCUAUGCUGAGGAAGAGAGGCCCAGCUAUGAGGUGUACAAGGAAACAGCAGACUGGCUCCGUGCCCGCACCCUCCAGCGCCCCAAGGUCGCCAUCAUCUGUGGCUCUGGCCUGGGAGGUCUGGCUGAUGUGUUGGAAAACCAGACAGUUUUCCAGUACCAGGACAUCCCUCAUUUCCCACGGAGCACAGUUCCAGGACACGUUGGGAGGUUGGUGUUUGGAGAGCUGAACAGGCAGCCCUGUGUCUGCAUGCAGGGACGUUUCCACUCCUAUGAAGGUUACUCUGUCAGCCAGGUGAGUCACCUUUCCAUCAGGGUCUUCUUUCUCCUGGGGGUGGAGAUUUUGAUUGUGACCAAUGCUGCUGGGGGGCUGAACCCCCAUUUCCAAGUGGGGGACCUCAUGUUCAUCAGAGAUCACAUCAGCCUCUUUGGCUUGGCAGGGCAGAACCCUCUGCGGGGACCAAACGAUGAGAGGUUUGGAAUGAGGUUCCCCUGCAUGUCUGAUGCUUACGACCAAGAGCUCCUCAGCCUGGCCCUGGAGAGCUCCCAGGAGCUGAACUUCCUCAGCUUCACCCAGCAAGGAGUUUACUGCAUGCUGCCCGGGCCCUGCUACGAAACCAUCGCCGAGUGCCGCCUGCUGCAGGCUCUGGGAGCUGAUGCUGUGGGCAUGAGCACUGUCCCAGAAGUCACUGUUGCCAGGCACUGUGGCCUCCGUGUCCUUGGGCUCUCCCUCAUCACCAACAAAGCGGUGCUGAGCUACAACAGUCAGGAGAAAGCCAACCACGAGGAGGUGCUGCACGUCUCUGUGGUGAGGGCUGAAGCCCUGCAGAAGCUGGUGGCCCAUCUCCUGGGCAAGCUGGGGGGAAACACAAGCUCCUCCUGACCUCCUGCCAUUUCUCAUCCAAAUCAUAAACCUGUGAGCACCAGCAGGUGCUGGGGGAGAGCUCCCAGUGAGCCUCUCCUCCUGAUUUCCAAUAGACUGAUCCUUGUCCCUCUGCUUUAGGUGGGCAGGUUUGCAGAGACUUGCAUUGAAUUUAGGCAGGACGAUCCACUUGUUAGUGACCAAACCAGAUUUCUGGUGCUUAAACAGGGUUUGACCUCUGGCAGAUUCCCAAACCCCUAUGUCAGCAAUGAGCCCCUUGGUCCCCUGAGCUACAGCUCCCCCUCCUCCUGCUGCAGAGCUUUGGGUGCUCCUCACAGCCUCUGUGCACCCAGAGCCCUCCUGCCAUGGGGUUCCCCUCCCCUUUCCUCCCCUCCCCUCUUGUGCUGAGCCCCUGGGCUGUGAGCCAGGUUCAGAGCUGGUCCCAGGGCUUGAUGCCUGCUGGGGAUGCUUUGAUCAGACCUGAUCCAAAGCCACUGGAAGUCCACAAGAAGAGUUCUGCAUCAGCACCUGCAUCUGUGAAGUGGGCCAGGAUAAAGAUGAGAUCUGUCUGGAGCAGGCAGUGCUGCAGAGCAGGCUGAUUGCAAUUGAUUUUAUGGCUUUGGAAACCCUUGCAUCCCUCUGCCUGGGGCUGUGUUCUCUGACAGCCCUGAAGGUCUCUCCAGAAAGCCCUCUCUUUGCUUAGUUCCAGGCUCUUCCUGAGCAGCCAGAGCUGUUUGCUGUGAUACAGCACCCACCCACCACCCUCUCCCCUUUUAAAGGGAUGGAAAUGCAGCUCAGGUACAAGUCACGGCUUCUCCAUGCAGGGGGUGAAAGUGGCCAAGCUGGAAACAGAAUCUGGACCCAUUCUGUCUGCUCAUUCUGUUUCUGGAUGUCUUAGAGAUCAGCUGCUUGACCCACUUGCACUGGAGACCCAUUGCCUUUUAGUGUCCCAAGACAGAGAGAUCCCAGUCUGACCCAGUGUUUAGCCCCAGCUUUGAUCUGCUACAGAUGCUGGAGCACCAAUGGUUUGUGGAGUUCAGCGAGGUGAAACUGCAGUGGGAAGUAUUUUGCAACAGGUAGGACAUUUUUCUGACUUUUCUGGUCCUCUUAGGUGAAGAAAUUGAACCCAACAGUGAGGAAAGAGCCAGCAGGAGAGGCCACUCUGCCCUCUUCCACCAGCAGGCUGAUGGCCUGUGCAGGGUGGGUGGUUAUUCCCCAGAACUGGGCAUUAUUCAUUGUUUCCCAAAGGUCAAGCUGAGCAGUGGCUGUGGUUGGAUGUGAAACUCAGACUAUAAUUAUUGAGUAACCUUUUCAUUUAUCUGGGAGCUCUCUUUAAAGCCCAGCACUGUCACAGCUAAAUGCUUCCAGCUGAUGCACUGGUCUGAACCAAAGAGACCCAAGGGGUCACAGAGAACUCCCAGUCUGCCUUCCUAAAUUUAGCUGCUCACUUGUUUACCACUGAUGCUCCCCCUCCAUUGCAGCCUUCAGCCUUCAGUGACAUUUCCUCAGUUCCAGGCACGAGGUGUUUCCAGAUGGGUGUUUGCUUGAAGCCCUUCCUUGCUGCUCUGUUGCUGGUGAUGUUGCCACCAGGAGGAACAGAGCUGUGCUCUGCACACCCUCCGUGGAACAGCAGCAUUUUUUAACCUUAGGAGAGAUCUUGGGGUGGCCACCCCAUCCCCUUCUUCUGGGCAGGGUGAGUCCCCCAGCCUGGCCACUGCUCCUGGGGACUUUGGGAAGGGGCAUUUGGCAGAGCCCUCUGGGACAUCCCUGCUCUGCAUUGGGGCUGGCUGGCAGGAACCAGGAUCCAGGUUUGGUGCUGACAUGGAAAGGGAGAGGCUUCAGGUCCUUCUCCCACCAGGCUGUUGCCUUUUCAGGCCUGGCAGAAGUGAGGUGCUCAUCAACAGUGGCAGGAAAAGCAGUGAAAAAUGAAAAGUGGCAGAUGUGCAGAGCAAGAAAAGGCCCCUUCUACCCACUGCCUUUCAGAGUUUUCCCCAAUAUGGGCUUGUUAUAGGGCAGAGAGAGAGAGAGAGUGGAUAAUUUCCCCUGCCUAGAAAAUGGUGCUUCACAUUCAUCUAAUUAAUACUUUGUAAAUACAAAGCCUCUCAAGUGUGAGUGGAAGGCAGCUGUGCAGCUAGAGAGCAGCCCCAGUAGCUAAGGCUGGGAUUUCAGCAGCCUCCAGUAAUUAAUCAGAGCCUCCAGUAAUUAAUCAGAGUCAGCUUGGACUGGGAUGUGAAGGAGAGCAUCCCAAAUCCCCUCUGUCCUGCUGCUAUGGCUCAAGCCUGGCAGGGGAUGGGAUGUUUGCAGCUCCUCUCCCCAGCCCUACAGAGUCUGAGAACCAGACCCCACUUUUCUACCUGAACACAACUUAAUCAUGACUUCAAAUUUCAUCUGAAGAUCACCAGGCAACUAAAUCUGCAGAAAAUCUUGCCUGGUUUUAAAGAGUUAUUUUCUAAAUGGCGUUUGAGCCCUCUGGGAGUUGGGGCUCUUCUUUCUGCUGCCCAAGAUUGCCUGGAAUGGCUCAAACUCUGCAGGACAUCCCCACUUUUGUUCCUGCAAAUGAGAGGGGGGAAAAGCCUUGGGUGCUUUGGAAGGGAUCUUGCUUAUUCUCUGGGGGAGUACAAUUAACAAGUGGAUUCCUCUGGGUUUGGAGGGACUUGCAAUUGAAUCUUGGUUUGGUUUGGUUUCCUGCUCCUGAGUUUCAAAAGGCUGAAAUGCAGUGAUGCAAG